AUGGCAGCGAUAGCUGUGAAGCCUAGUAAUGGCUCAGCCGAGCAGGAGGAGGAGGAAGAGGAGACGGAGGAGGAGGAGGAGGAGAAGGAGGAUGGGGUAGAAAUCGUCAAAACUGCUGAAUCUAAAGGGCUGCAAACUGGUAUGUUGAUUAUCCAUCAUCCGAACAUCAAACAUAUCAAAUUGCAGCCCUCUAGCCUCAGGAAAAGACUUGCCAAAGACUUGGCAAAUUUUAAUAAUGACAGUAAUGGGAAAGACGACAAUAAUAAUGGCCUUUUCCGGACCGCUCCUUCCCCCUCCCCCCUACUCACACCCCAUCCCCCUGAACAAUCUCUUUCUUCCUCUUCCCCAAAUCUCCGAAACACCCUUUCCAGUUUGCGUUGUCCCAGGGCCGUCCUGGUCCCUCCUACUACUCCUCCUCCCCCCUGCCUCCGUGACGUCAAAGGGAGCCCCGGCCACUCGUCACACAUUCUCUGGAGGAAAACCGUUAAAGGAAAGCAUCGGUCAUGGACGCCAAGUCCGCUGGGAGUCACUCAGACACAGCAUCCUACUUUUGCUUCUGCUCCUGCUCCUGUUUCUGCUACUGCUGCUGUUACUUCUGCUUCUGCUGCUGCUGCUGCUGCUGCUGCUGCUGCUGCUGCUGCUACACGAACUCUUCCCUUCAUCAGAGACUUCUCCUCCUCCUCCUCCUCCUUUCCACAACCCUCCCCCUACCCCACCGCCGCCCCUCCACUUCAUCCUUUUGCUAAUUUACUUGGAGUCGUAACUCCUUCUCCACAACAUCCACCACCUCCUCCUCCUCCUCCUCCUCCUCCUCCUCCUCCUCAUCUCUCACCCUCUUAA